UGGACAGAUCUACAAUAUAAAUAUGUGCCCAAAAAAAAAACUUUUAUUAAGUACGAUGAUUUCUUCAAAAGCACAGUAUAAAAGUAAGAGACAACAAAAAUUAGAACAAAGACAAUCACAGUCGAAACCUUUUACACAUUCAACACAAACUCCAUUUAGAGACGCCGAAAGAAAUUUUAAAUCGCGUUUACCACCACCAAAUUUCGAUAAUGUUAUAGAUUUUUAUAAUUUAGAUCUAUCUAGUGAUGAAAUUAAAAGUAAAAUUGUGAAAAUUGAAUUAAAAGUUGAAUUAGGUAAAGAUGAUGACGAGGAAAAAGAAAAUAUAUUUGGCGAUUAUAAUGAACUAAAAGAAGAGAAAGAAAUUAUUAAAGGGGAAAGAAGGAUUGCUUAUGUUGUUAAGGAUUUACCAGGAUUUAUAUUUAUUCCUAAUCCUUUUACACCCGAAGCACAAAAAAACAUAAUAAAAAGAUGUUUAAAAGAUUUUGCGAAAUAUCCAAAUAAAAAUAAUCUUGACACUCAUUAUGUAUUACCAAAAGAAGGUUUAUGGAAUUUGCAUGAAAAAAUAAUUAAUGGUGAAUUAGACAAAAAUGAUUCACGAUGCGUUGUUCCAUUAAAAGCAUCUGUAACUGGACAAAAUUCAUUAUAUGAAGAAGAAAUUGAUGCCAAACAAGAAAUAACUCAGAAGGAAUGUCCUCAAAAAUCAUUAGUUGAAAAAGAGUAUCAGGAGAAAGAAGAAAGAGAAGAAAAAGGCGAACCAUUACCAUCAUCAGGUGUGCCAAUAUUAUCGCCUUCAGAAUUAAUAAAAAAAUUAAGAUGGAUUACAUUAGGUUAUCAAUAUCAUUGGGCAACAAAAACUUAUCAUUUAGAUAAGCGACUCCCAUUUCCUAAAGACAUUGAAUUAUUGACAACCUCUGUUGUAAAAUCAAUUAAUGGAAUUAAAUUUUAUACUAAUGAAACAAACGAAAAUAAUGAUAAACAAUAUUUUGUUAAUGAUUAUGAUCAUAAAAAAUGGAAACCUGAAGCUGGCGUUGUAAAUUAUUAUCAACUUAAAGAUAACAUAAUGGCUCAUGUUGAUAAAAGCGAAAUUAAUAUGGAAGCUCCUCUGAUUUCUUUUAGUUUUGGACAUACCUGUAUUUUCUUAAUUGGGGGACCAACUAAGGAUAUUGCACCGAUCGCAUUAUAUUUGCGCAGUGGUGAUAUAUCAAUUAUGUGUGGUCCUUGCAGAACUAAUUUUCAUGGUUUGUAAAUUUUAUCUCCUUUUUUUUCGAAAAAAAAGGCAACAAAUUUAUUUGAAAUUAAAAUUUAAGGUGUUCCACGAAUUCUUGAAGG